CCCGCACAAUCUCUCGCCCUUGCAUCAAAUAACCAAACAAUAUAUUUGAAUUUGAAUUUGAAUUUGGCCGCCCUCCAUUACCACCAUUGCCCCAUCUCAUGAAUGGCGCUUCACACCCACCACCCUCACAAACUAAAAAAACAUAUCCUCUCUCUCAUCCGCGCAUGCACAUGCAUAAACCAUCUCCAACAGAUCCAUGCCCAUGCCAUUAUCACAUCCCCAUCACCACCAUCAUCAUCAUACCAUGCUAUCAUCACCACCAUACUCACAGGCCUACUCCACCUUCCCACCACCAGCAUACACUAUGCUAAGCUCCUCUUCAAUCACCUAUACAACCCAUCCAUCUACCAUCUCAACUCCAUCAUCAGAGCCAUGGCCCAUUCACCAUCACCAUGUAAUGCCAUCACAUUCUUCACUUCUCACAUGCAUACCCAUCGUCCCAAUCACUACACCUUCCAAUUCCUCCUCAAGGCCCUCUCUCUCUCCUCAUCACUUUCUCUCUCCCUAUCUGUAGGAUUUCAGCUCCAUUCUUUUGCCUAUAAGCUUGGCAUGGUCUCUUAUACAUUUUUCAACAAUGGGUUAAUCCAUCUAUACUCCCUCUGUGGGCAUGUCUUCAUUGCUAGGCAACUGUUCAAUGAAAUGGGUCAGAGAGAUGAAGUUUCUUAUAGCUCCAUGAUCAAUGGCUAUGUUAAGUCUGGUGAAUUGGGUUCAGCUCUAGACCUCUUCAAAGACAUGCCUGAGCUUGGUAGUCCCUCUGCUUGGACUGCAAUUUUGGUGGGGUACUCUGAUAAUGGAGAUUUAGGUUCAGCUCGAAAGUUUUUCGAUGAAAUGCCAGAAAAAGAUGUGGUGGCUUGGAACGCCAUGGUAUCUGGCUACACCCAAAAUGGGUUAUAUGCGGAAGCCAUAUUUUUUUUUAGAGAGAUGCAGAAGGUUCAGAAUUUAAAACCCAAUGCGACAACCAUGGCCACUAUACUCUCAGCUUGUGCCGGUUUGGGAGCUUUAGAUACAGGAAAAUGGACCCAUGCUUACAUUGAGCGCAAGGGCAUGAAAUUGGAUGCUUUUUUAGGCUCUGCACUGGUUGAUAUGUACUCAAAAUGUGGAGAGGUCGAAUUAGGUUUGCAAGUUUUCACCGGAUUGAAGCAAAGAAAGAAUUUGUGCGCUUGGAAUGCCAUGAUUAACGGGUUAGCCAUUCAUGGUCGAGCAGCACAAGCUUUAGAAUUCUUCAAGCAAUUGAGGAAAGAGGGGAUUGAGAAACCAGACCAGAUCACCUUUAUUGGGGUGCUCUCGGCGUGUAGCCAUGGUGGGUUCAUAGACCAGGGUCGAGCCCACUUUUAUAAUACCAUGAAAAUUUAUGGAGUGAAACCAAUUGUCGAGCAUUAUGCUUGUAUGGUUGACCUUCUUGGUAGGUCUGGCUUUCUUGAUGAAGCAGAGGAGGUGAUAAGAAACAUGGUGAUAAAACCUGAUAUUGUUGUUUGGAGAGCUUUGCUUGGUGGUUGCAGGCUAUACAAGAAUGUACAGAUAGGAGAGAGAGUCAUAGCACAUAUGGAAGCUCAUAGUAGUGGGGACUAUGUUUUGCUAUCUAACAUAUAUGCUUCGGCUGGUAGAUGGGUGGACGUAAGUAGAGUGAGAAAAAUGAUGCAAGAGAGUGGAAUUAAGAAGGUUCCUGGUUGGAGCUCAAUAGAAUUUGGCAAUGUGAUUCAUGAAUUUGUCUCGGGUGACAAAACCCACCCGAGAUAUGGUGAAAUUUAUGAAAAGUUGGAUGAGUUAAAGAGGAAGUUGAAAAAAGAAGGAUAUUUGGCAGAAACAGGUAUGGUGUUGUAUGACAUUGAAGAGGAAGAGAAAGAAGAGGCUCUUGGGCAUCACAGUGAGAAGUUGGCCAUUGGGUUGGGGCUUAUAAGCACACCACCAGGCUCUACCCUAAGGAUUGUGAAGAAUCUUCGGGUUUGUAGCGAUUGCCACUCUGUAACGAAAUUGAUAUCAUUGAUCUAUGGUCGGGAGAUAGUGGUGAGGGACCGAAUCAGGUUUCACCACUUUAAUUAUGGCACAUGCUCUUGUAAGGAUUACUGGUAGGAGUAGCCUAAUAGUAGCUACUCAACCCCAUCCAGCCCCCCACCCUCUCCCUAAACAAAGCUUCUAAAAAAUUUCAGUCUCCUAUGCCAUUGUGAUCAGGGACAUCCGUAACACCUUGGCAACUGCUGAUGAAUAUCAAAUCCAGAGACAAAUAUGAGAGCAAAGAACAGAUAGAAUGUAAACUGUAGAAGCAAACAACCACUACUAUAACUUAUGUAAGAGACCCAUUUGUCUUUUUCAUCAUUCAUUUGUUAACAUCAUUAAGAUAUUUUGAUUCA